AUGUCGCGGAUUCCCGUCACCAGCACGCCGUCGCUGCUGCCCAAGCUGCAUCUACAGCACUCGGCCUUCUUUGAUCUCGGCAGCGAUGUGUACAUCUUCGAAACGCUUCGGACAACGGCCGGGAUCGCAGUGUCGGCAUCAAACAACAGCAUCAAGCUCUACGACCCACAGACACUGAUGCCGGCGGCCACGAACACGUACCAUUCAGACAGAGUAACGCAGAUCAAGGCGCGGCCAAACAUGCUGUUGAGCAGCUCGUUCGACCAGCAGGUGGCCAUCUGGGAUCUGCGGCAGAGCUUUGGGCGCCCAGCCAUGAGCUUCCGCGCCAAUUCGCCGGUUCUGAGCUUUGACAUGUCGCUGGACGAGAAGAUGCUUGUCGGAGGCACAAAGCUGGACGAUGAUCUGCAGGCCACCGUCUGCUUCUGGGAUAUACACGCAGGGAAGCUGGCCAAAGUGUUUGAGGAGUCGCACAGCGAUGACAUCACCAACAUCCAGUGCCACCCGGGGAACGCCAAGCAGCUGCUGUCGGGAUCAUCAGAUGGCCUGGUGUGCACAUAUGACGUGUCGCAGUUCGAUGAGGAUGAGGCGUUGCAGUUUGUGGCCAACAUUGGUGCAUCGGUCUCGCAGUGCGGGUUCUUUGGCCCAGACGCGCAGUUCAUCUAUGCGCAGAGCGAUAUGGAGACAUUACAGCUGUGGACAAGCGAUGCGACGAUGCUAGCCGAUUUUGGCGACGUGCGGGAUGUGGUCCAAGCAGGUGUGCCCAUCGACUAUGUGAUUGGAUGCCGGUACGACCCGGUGCAGCAGCGACUGUACUUGCUGGGAGGCUCGAACUCGGGCGACGUGCAUGUUAUGCAUGUUGGUGCUGGGUCGUUUGAGCAUGUGCAGGUUCUCUCGGGCGGCCACGGUGAUAUCGUAAGAGGGUUUGACUGGGAUGCCGCUGGCGGUUGGGCUGUGUCUGGAGGCGAGGAUGGCCGCCUGAGCUUGUGGUCGACCGAGAAGCCCAGCACACCAGUAGUGAUGCCGUCACGCAAUGCCGAGGGGUCGAAAAAGUCGGCCGGCGGACGCAGAUUCAACCCUUACUAG